AAUGGAGGAUGAAAUGGCAACAAUUUACGGUUUAGAAUAUCAAUGUAGAUGUUUAACUCCUCAAUUAGGAGAAACAGAUUUGGUUAACUUUAUGGCGGGAACUCAAAAUUUAAAAAGAGAAAAUCAAGUGUAUCUAAUCAAUUACGAUGACAUUAAUAAUAUCUUAACAACAAAAUCAUAUCCUCAUAAAUUAGGGGAAAUUUGGCAUAUUGCUGCGUGCAGUUGGGAUAAAACUUUGUUUUCAACAGUAUUUAGUAAAACUCAAAAAGGAAAGAAAAAGGUUAAUGCUGUUUUAUGGAAACUUCCUAACGAGGAAAGCAAUCAUAAUUCUCUGAUACAACUAUCAGAUUUAAAUACUUCAGAAUAUGGAGAUGCUUGUCAAGUAAUGUUCAGUCCAGAUUCGUAUGAUAACGAAGUUAUUACUUUGGUGGAUAGUCGGAUUCUGUAUUGGGAUAUCGGAUCGGCUGAGUCGAGAAUCAAGAGUAGUAUAAGUAUUGAUCAAAAACUUCAAAAAACUAUAACUAGCGGCAAGUGGUGCCCUCAUCAAAAUCACGCUCAGGUGUGUACUGCGUCUGAAACAAGUCUAAAAGGUUGGGACCUACGUACGAAAAUGUCUUGUUUUACAAUAGAAAAUGCGCACGAACAUCACGUAAGAGAUUUGGACUAUAAUCCAAACAAACAGUAUUAUCUAGCAUCAUCUGGUGAUGACUGUAAAGUAAAAUUUUGGGAUAUUCGCAACACGAAGAAAGAAGUUAAAGUUCUAUCGGAUCAUUCUCAUUGGGUAUGGUCUGUCAGAUUUAAUCAUUUGCACGAUCAAUUUAUCCUCUCAGCGUCAUCUGAUAGCCGUGUUAUAUUAUCAAAUACCAUGUCUAUAUCAAGUGAAGCUUUUGGUGCUCUCAUAGAAGAAAAAGAAUAUAAUCCAACACACCACGACGGUGUCAUCAAGAUUUUUGAUGAACACGAAGAGAGUGUUUAUGCAGCCGAAUGGUCAUCAGCGGUCUCGUGUAUUUUUGCAUCAAUUAGUUAUGACGGUCGGGUUGUUAUCAAUCGAAUACCUAGAUCAGAGAGAUUUAAAGUCUACUUUGAAGAUUUGAUAGAAGAUUAA